AUGGGAGGGAGAAAUCAGACACGAGUGGUGGAGUUCGUCUUCCUGGGUUUCUCCGGCAUUCCAAACAGCCACAUCUACCUCUUCCUGCCGUUCCUAGCCAUUUACUCGGUCACCGUACUGGGAAACCUCGUGAUAUUUGCUCUGAUUCAACUGGAUUCCAGCCUCCGUACCCCCAUGUAUUACUUCCUCAGCCAUCUCUCCUCCUUAGAUAUCUGCAUCUCCUCCGUCACGGUCCCCAAGGUCCUGGUGAACUUCUUGUGCCAACGACAGACCAUCAGCUACAACCAGUGCAUGGCCCAGAUGUUCUUCUUGAUCUCUUUUACAGGGGCAGAGGGAGCACUGCUGGCCGUCAUGGCCUAUGACCGCUAUGCUGCCAUCUGUAAACCUUUGCAGUACUCCCGCCUCAUGAGGCCCAAGGUGUGCACCAUCCUAGCCUUGACCACUUGGAUUUGGGGUGCCCUAGACUCCGCUCUCCAUACAGCGCUCAGCAGCACGUUGUCCUUUUGUGGAGUCAGCCAGAUCCCUCACAUCUUGUGCGAUGUCCCCCCACUCCUGAAAAUUGCUUGCAGUGAUACUCGUGUCAAUGAAAUAGCAAUCCGCACAGCAAGCUAUUUUGUGGGCGGGGGACCCUUCCUCUUCAUUAUUCUCUCCUACUCCUUAAUUCUGUCCUCCAUCCUGAAGAUGCAUUCCACCACUGGGAAACACAAAGCUUUUUCAACAUGCGGUUCUCACUUGAUCGUUGUUGUCAUUUACUAUGGAAAUGCAAUAGUUAACUACAACCGUUCAAGCACUGGUGACUCUUUGGAGACUGACACUUUGGUCUCCAUCAUGUAUUGCAUGGUCUCCCCCAUGCUGAACCCCCUCAUCUACAGCCUCCGCAACAAGGAGGUGAAGGGGGCGUUCAGGAAGGUUCUGAAGAAGUGGACAGUACUUGCUGUUCACUUUGUGCUGUCUGAUAAGGUGAGUUCUGUGGUCCCCAUGGGAGUGAGGAACCAGACACAAGUAGUGGAGUUCGUCUUCCUGGGUUUCUCCGGCAUUCCAAACAGCCACAUCUACCUCUUCCUGCCGUUCCUAGCCAUUUACUCGGUCACCGUGCUGGGGAACCUCAUGAUAUUUGCACUGAUUCAACUGGAUUCCAGCCUCCAUACGCCCAUGUAUUACUUCCUCAGCCAUCUCUCCUCCAUAGAUAUCUGCAUCUCCUCCGUCACGGUCCCCAAGAUCCUGGUGAACUUCUUGCGCCAGCGACAGACCAUCUCCUACAACCAGUGCAUGGCCCAGAUGUUCUUCCUGGCCUCUUUCACGGGGACAGAGGCUGCAAUGCUGGCCAUCAUGGCCUGUGACCGCUAUGCUGCCAUCUGUAAACCUCUGCAUUACUCCCACCUCAUGAGCUCCAAGGUGUGCACCAUCCUAGCCUUUGCCACCUGGAUCUGGGGCUUCCUAGACUCCGCUCUCCACACAGCACUCAUUACCACCUUGUCCUUUUGUGGAGUCAACCAGAUCCCUCACAUCUUGUGCGAUGUCCCCCCACUGAUAAAAAUUGCUUGCAGUAAUACACGCAUCAAUGAAAUAGCAAUCCGGACAGCGAGCUAUUUUGUGGGUGGGGGACCCUUCCUCUUCAUCCUUGUCUCCUACUCCUUAAUUCUGUCCUCCAUCCUGAAGAUGCAUUCGACCACCGGCAAGCACAAAGCUUUUUCCACUUGCGCUUCUCAUCUCAUCAUUGUCAUCAUUUACUAUGGGAAUGCACUAGUUAACUACAACCUUUCCAGCGCAGGUGACUCCCCAGAGACUGCCGCUCUGGUCUCCAUCAUGUUUUGCAUGGUCUCCCCCAUGCUGAACCCGAUCAUCUACAGCCUCCGCAACAAGGAGGUGAAGGGGGCCCUGAAGAAGGUUGUGGAGGCUCUGUCAUUGAGCAAAGGCCACUGUCUGGACACCGUCAUUCCUGCUCCCAGCAGCCUCCUCAAAUCCCCAGGAACAAAUGAAGGCAACUUCAGCCUCACGCAACACCGGCUGCAGAGACUCCUUCUGGGAGUUGAGAUGGAGAGAGACCAUUCCCUGCCGUCUGCAGCUGCCAGCUAUGUGUGCUGUGUGAUCCUGUGA